UCUCUGUAGUGUUUGAAAGGAAAUUAUUGUAUUUUUUUGUGGUAUUUUUGCCGUUAGACAAUGGCUUUCUGGCUCCUUGGAGGAAUUACAGCUGUCCUUCUGUCGGUCUGUCUGUCUGAAUGAGUGGUUGGCCAGUUUUGGAGUACAGUAUUAAUAUGGAGUCAGCAAGCCACGUGACUCAGCAAAAGUUUUGCAAUUGGCUUCGAUUUCUUGCGUCUUGUGAUGCUGCUUUGUGUUAGGCCAUCGCCCCUGCUUUUAUAGAGCCAGCAGGCUACUUUGGCAUUUCUUGUCAGCUGUGUCCAACGAGUCCAGCUUGAUGUUCAUGUCAGGCCUCAGGAUGGUCAUCUUUGGCCCCGGUGCUGCUUACGCCGCUUGCACAGCCGGAUGAGCCUGACCUGGAGUCGAAGAUGAACUGGGGAACCUUUUAUGCCGUGAUCAGCGGUGUAAACAGGCAUUCCACUGGCAUCGGUCGCAUUUGGCUCUCCGUCAUCUUCAUUUUCCGCAUCCUGGUGCUGGUGGUUGCCGCCGAGAGUGUUUGGGGUGAUGAGAAGUCUGGCUUCACCUGCAACACCCAGCAGCCCGGCUGCAACAGCGUCUGCUACGACCAGUUCUUCCCAAUCUCACACAUCCGACUGUGGGCUCUCCAGCUCAUCCUGGUGUCCACCCCUGCGCUGCUGGUGGCCAUGCAUGUGGCCCACAGGCGACAUGUCGACAAGAAAGCCCUGAAAAGGUCGGGCCGCGGCAGCCCCAAGGAGCUGGAGCACAUCAAGAACCAGAAGUUUCAGAUCACAGGAGCUCUUUGGUGGACAUACAUGAUCAGCAUCAUCUUCAGACUCAUCUUUGAGGUGGCGUUCCUCUACGUCUUCUACUUGAUCUAUCCUGACUUUAAAAUGGUGCGUCUGGUGAAAUGUGACUCGUACCCUUGCCCCAACACGGUGGACUGCUUCGUCUCCAGACCAACAGAAAAGACUAUAUUCACAGUGUUCAUGCUGACCGUGUCCGGGGUGUGCGUACUGCUCAACCUGGCCGAGGUGGCUUACCUCAUUGCGAGGGCCUGCAAACGGUGCAUGAGUCGCCCCGAGGACGAGGCUAAAGCAGCUUGGAUAACUCAAAGGUUGUCUUCAUACAGACAAAAUGAAAUCAAUCAGCUGAUAGCAGAUCAUUCGCUCAAGUCAAAGCUAACUGUGACCAAAAAGAGCCCGACUGAAAAGGGCGAGAGAUGUUCUGCCUUCUGAAGCUUCGUUAAACUAAUAAGUCAUGCCUAUAAUGUGUAUUCUGUCCAUGAAUGACACCUUAACUGUAUAUUUGUUUAUUUUACCAUUUAUUUAUAUAAAUGUAUAAUAAAAUCAUUUACUUGUUUCCUUUUUAUAUUCAUUUAAUUGUGCCGUUUUUCUUGCCUAAAUCAUCUCCAGCAUAUUAAGCCAUGGUAAUGAUUUCUUACAAAUCCAACACCACAGUGCAUUAGGUUGUGGCGCUCUGUGUCUUGCACUCAUUCCCACACAUGUUGACACUGUGGGAAACCUGUCUGAUUUAAGAAAACCAUAAGAAUUUGUUUCGUUCAGGGCUGCAUAUUUGCUGCCUGACGGAGCAGGAUGCAUUUGAUGGGCUCUUGCAGGUGGAGUUGGUCCAGGCUCUCAAAGCUUCCAGUUUACUGCCAGCAUAGUUGUAUAUAUGAGCUGUGAAAUGGAGGGACUUCUUCCAGAACACAAAAAUCUAGUAUAAAAUAGGUGCUGUGAAACAUUUCCAUUGUAAAUGUAUCACUUUGGAAGCCAGUCCUUGAUCAGUUUGCACAUGAGGGCAUAGUACAGCAGAUUCUGUGGUAUUUUACUUUUUUUAUUAUUUUUAUUGACACUUUUAAGGUUACAAAACUACAACCACCUUUCUUGUGUAUAAAUUUUGACUGCAAUGAGAAGGCAUGUGCCUGGUAAAACGUUCUAAACAAGGAUGAACAUCACUAAAGCAAUCAUAAGCUAGAUGAGGAAAUAUGCUUUUAUAUGUAAUAUUUAUUGAUGCCUUUAUCAAAUCUGGUACAAGUGUUCGGAGAGAAGGCUGUUUACUCUCAAUGAAAAUGCCUAACUUUGUAGAAACGGCUACAUAACUUAGAUUGUGUUAAAAAAACAAAUUAUUGCUAUAAAUUCAGGUGGGAUGUAGACUCGGUCAGACUCGUAACAAAAAAACUAUGAUACAUAGAGCUAGAAAAUGGUUCAUAAAAUUAACAUGUCAUAUAAAUAAACCAUAUUUUGACAAAAUGCCUUUAAACACAGGAUGUAUUCAAUAGAAAAAUUUGAACAUUACUUUUAAUGUUUUGUUUUUUUCCCCCUCUGGGCCACCCUUAGUUGUUAAGCUGCUGUACUGUAAAUAUUCAUUUAAGGAAACUCCUUAUUUGCAGCUAAUUGCAACCAGCUUAGAGUACCACUUGUGGUAAAGUGUUAGUAUUAAUUAUCAGUGAGGUAAAAUAAACAAUCUGUGAUACAGGGUUAAUAAAUACAAUAGCAAUGAUUUUUGCUUAAUCAUAAACCUCUUGAAACCUUACUUAACCAUGCUGCAGGUCCGAGUUCAUAAACUAAUGGGAUUUUUGCUCAAUAAUAUGUGCAGCAACCAGGCUAACUAUUGUUAGCAAUAGGAACUAACAGUCUUUCUGCAUUUUGUGUUUUGGAGGACUAGAAACAUCCUCAGAAAAGGUUAUCUAAUACUUUGUAUGAAACAUUCAAUAAAACCAAUCUGUCAGAAAGGCAGUUAAGCAUUUUUUUUCUCCUGUUAAGGUUUUAUAAGAAAUCAGACAUGUUGAAUUUUGAGUUGGUGUGCAAACUUCAACUAACUAGGGUAAGUUGAAGUACGUAGUUCUGCUCUGUUAAAUAUUCAACAUUUGAACUGGAAAUGUCAACUUCUGAGUAAAAAUUGAACAUUGUUCAUUUAUCAAUGAACAACAAUUUCUUUUAUUUACUCUUAUGACCAAACAAGCUGAGAACAUCAAAGUUUGGUUACACUACUGUUUUAAAAUACUCGUAAAUGAAAAUGAAACUUAAUCACAUUUAGCAUUUACUGAGGUGUUGCUUUCUUCAUGACUCUAGUAAAUGUUUGACAUUGACCAGCUUUUCAACGGAUCCUGAUUAGAACUUACAUCUGUGUAUUGCUUACUUUGUAUCAGUCGAGGUCUGAAAAGUUCAUAUCAAAAGACACCGUCAUUGUUUUCACAUUGUUGUUGACUCAACACAUUUUUAUGCUCUCAAAUGCAUGUUUGUUUACAUGCAUAAAUGCUCCGGUUCACACCCAGGUAA